CGGCAGCAAUGGAGACAGCAGAGCCGCAAAUGACUGCGAUACCCAGUCCGGCGAUACGCAAAGGCGAAUAAUCACACUGGACGACAGCAUUGCCCGCACGCGCCAUGAUCUGGACCAACAGCUCCACCACGCACGCCAGGUGCUGCUCCCGUCACUCGGCAACACGCAGCUCCUUUGGUUCAUGAGCAGUACAGAGAGGCUGAACUCAUGGCGCUAUUACAUUAGGGUGACUACAUCGAAUACAAUGCUGACUGACCUUGGAACGUCGAAGUCUGUGACUUUCGCGCAGUCUUUCGUCGACGUCGGUGUUGCUCACGAGUUCUUGAAGCGUCAUUUGGAAAAGCAGGUCGAAGUCGAUCAAGACUGUAUCUGCAAGCACAUGAACGGCAAUCAGGUCUCCAAAGGCAGGACAUAUCCAGACAAGCUGAAGGAAAAGCAGGCACGGAAGCGCAGGCCGACCGAAUGCGUCCUCAAGAAGGUCCUUCUUCCUCUGCACAAAUACCCCGUGUAUGAGAAACAGCACCAUGAUGGGCGGUUCAUCUACUGGUAUGUCGAUGUCGAGGUGGAUAGAGGCCUAGUUCCCAGUCAAGAAACGCAAAACGAACGAAACAGUGCUCGCGGAAAUGCUAUCCCCAGGUACAAGACUUUGGGCCUGUACGUGGUCAGUGGUCAGGUUUACACGGCUCUGUCAAUUGAUCCGCACCAUGAAGGGCACCAUGGUGGAUAUCGACCCGCAGCAUCUCUACCCAGGAUGAGAAUGACACGCCUGCCGACGUCGGUGUGGACCAUGGAGACGUUUGCAAAUGAGGCGGCAUUUGCCCUGAUCUCGGCUCAUACCAAGGUCAACGCGACGGACCGGGACGACAACGAUGCAAAUGCGUGGCGGAAUCUUAUCCAGCCAGCGCUGGAGCAGGCCUGGUUCAGGACGAGGACAGAAGAUGCGCCCGUGUUCGAAUGUACCCUGGACAUCCCCGACGUCCUUCGCGACCGGCUGGGCUACGACGCCAUUUCCGUCGAGGUUGAGAUGAAAUAUUCUCGUUUUGUUCUUUAUGGAUCUUCGUUCUCCGUGCCGGGCGUGGACCGGACCACCUGUCGUGUGACACCUUGAAACCGUUUAUGCUGUGCAUGUUGACGAUUAAGAUUUCUCUCGCUUCAUACGUCUGCAUGACUCUCACUGCCAUACACCGGCAAGUUGACAGAGUGAAAUGUGGAAGUUACCGAAACUCGUUGAAUGUGUUGGGGAGAGACUUGCAGCGAACCGGCAAAAAUCCCGCCAAGCUCAAGACUGGACUGGGCUAGAUGGAGGGACAACAGAGCCAGGGAAGGAACCAGCCAGCCACAGACAGGCCCAUUGCUUUCUCGCCUGUGCUCUUGGAAAAGAGACAUUGCCCAAGCAUUUCAUAUUGC